AUGGAAGCUCACAUAGCCGUUUUCCCGAGUCCAGGGAUGGGUCACCUCAUUCCACUCACUCAGUUAGCUCAUCAGCUUCUCCUCCAUCGUCGUUUCUUCAUCACCUUCAUAAUACCCACUGCCACCGGUUCCCCUAUAAAACCACAAAAAGACAUCCUCAACGCCAUGCCGGAGAACAUCACUUCCAUAUUCCUCCCUCCCGUAGAUCUAAACGACCUUCCAGAUGAUGCUACCAUGGAAACUCGGAUAUCACUCACUUUAACUCGGUCGUUACCUGCUCUACGUGAAACUCUUACCGAGUUAACUACACAAAACCGACCCUCAGCUUUGGUUGUUGACCUUUUUGGCCCUCCUAGUUUCGAAAUUGCCAAAGAGCUCAACAUUCCAUCCUAUAUUUUCGGUACGUUUUCGGCUAUGUCAUUGGUUAGUAUCUUCUAUACGCCGAUUUUAGACCAGAUGUUUGCUUGCGAGUACAGGGAGUUACUUGAACCGGUAAAACUACCCGGAUGUGUUCCCGUUCAAGGGUCCGAUAUUCCUGAACCGCUUCAAGAUAAAAAGAAUGAGUCAUAUAAAAACAUCGUUGAAAUUAGCAAAAUGUUUAGCAUGCCAAAAGGUAUAUUGGUGAACAGUUUUGUCGAAUUAGAACCGAGUAGUUUUAAGGCCAUGCAAGAAGGUGAGUGGUGUAAACCCGAUAUUCACGCGGUCGGACCGUUAAUACGCAAAGGUUCAGACAAUCCAACCGGUGAUGAAUUCGAAUGUUUAAAGUGGUUGGAUAAGCAUCCGGUCGGGUCGGUUUUGUUUGUAUCAUUUGGAAGCGGUGGGACCCUCUCCCAGAAGCAGGUCGAUGAACUAGCAUUUGGGUUGGAAGAAAGUGGUCAAAGAUUUAUAUGGGUCGUAAAGAGUCCAAAUGAUAAGGCAAAUGCAAGUUACUUCAAUGCAGAAACUCAUCACGACCCGUUAGGAUAUUUACCUGACGGGUUCUUGGAUCGGGUCAAGAACCGGGGUCUGGUGGUGUCUUCUUGGGCACCUCAGGUUGAGAUACUGAGCCAUGAGUCAACUGGAGGGUUUCUGACACACUGUGGUUGGAACUCGAUACUAGAAGGUGUUGUCAAUGGAGUGCCUAUGAUUGCAUGGCCACUUUACGCUGAGCAAAGAAUGAACGCUGUGUUUCUUACAGAUGAUUUGCGAGUUGCUUGCAGGGUUAAAGUGGAUGAAAAUGGAGUUGUAGGGAGAAAUGAAAUCGACAGUUGCGUAAGAUGUUUGUUUGAAGGAGAAGAUGGACGUAAGAUGAGGUUGAAAAUGAGUGAGCUUAAAGAUCUUGGUGCAAUGGCAUUGAGCCAAGAUGGUUCAUCGACUAGGUCGCUCUUACAUGUGGCUGAAAAAUGGGUUGAAUAA